CUCUGGACUACAACACAACUGAAUCUGUCCCACAGCAGAAAUAAUCAGAAGAAAGAGGCAAACCAUGAUGUAAAUUAUUAAUAGGCUGCUAUUAUGAUCCUGAUCAUUAUUAUUAUUAUAAUAUUAUUCAUAUUAUUAUUAUCAUUAUUUAUUGAGUCAAUCGUGGAAAUUAAAAAUAAAUAAAUUCAGUUGUGACGAUAUUUUUUAUUGCAAGGUUAAAAAGAAAAGAAGAAAUCAAGGAAGUAUAGAAGGGUUUGUUCCUAUAAACAGAAAACAAUUAAAUCAGCAAACUUGUGAUUGUAAGUCAGUGUGGCUGUUAGAUUGUGGUUACAAAGACAUUUUGUAAAUUCACAAAGCCUGCAGGUCUGUGUUUCCUGUUGAGGUGAAAGAUCAAACGGCAAUAAAUAAGAUAAAAGACAAUAAGAUGUUCAGAGCCAAGCCUGGUUUACAAGACCAGUGCUCUAACCACUGAGCUAUGGAGCCUGCGCUGUGCCACGACAUCGCGAGAAAAAUCCUUUGAAGGAAACUUAUAAAAGCGCACACUGCGGAAAUGUUUGCAAAGCAGUUUGGUCAGUCUGCGUUGAGCAACCACAUCUUUGCGGACUGCCUGCAGCAAAAGUGUUGCAGUUUUGGUGAAGCGAUCGGCCGACAUGGCGCUUUUGAACCUGCUCCUGGUUGUGCUCGCCCUGCUUUUCGUGGCAUUCCUGGGUUAUUGCCUGUACAUCAAACGCUCCCACAUGAAGUAUGACCACAUCCCCGGACCGCCGAGGGACAGCUUCUUCUCGGGACACACUCAGACAUUUAUGAGGAUCAUGAAAAAGAACGGAAAUAUUCACGACAAGUUUCUGGAAUGGGCUGAGACAUAUGGACCUGUUUACAGAAUAAAUUUAGUCCAUAUCGUUUUCGUGUGUGUCUACUGUCCAGAGACAACCAAGGAAGUCUUGAUGUCCCCAAAGUAUCUGAAAGACAAUUUCCUCCACAGCAGAGCCUUCAAGCUGUUUGGUGAAAGGUUCUUAGGAAACGGCCUGGUAACAGCCGUUGAUCAUAAUCUGUGGUAUAAACAGCGGCGGAUCAUGGAUCCUGCAUUCAGCAGCGUGUAUUUGAGAGGACUGAUGGGCACCUUCAAUGAGCAGGCAGAGAAACUGAUGAAUAAACUUUCGGAGAUGGCUGAUAGUAAAACUACCGCCACAAUGCACAGCCUCAUCAACUGUGUCACCCUCGACAUUAUCUCAAAGGUUGCUUUCGGUGUGGAUUUAAACCUCCUGAAUAAUAGUUCACCGUUUCCAAAAGCCAUCGAGACGUGUUUGAAAGGGAUGAUGUUCAACUUCAGGGAUAAUUUCUUUCAGUACAAUCCAGUGAACUGGCCAUUUGUUAGCGAGGUGAGAAAAGCGUGCCGGCUGCUGCGCACAACCGGAGCUCAGUGGAUCAAUGAAAGGAGGCUGGCCAUGCGAAACGGCGAAGAUCCCCCCAAGGACAUCCUCACGCAGAUCAUCAAAUGCUUUGACAAAGAAAACACUACUCAAGAGGAUGAGGAGAUUAUGUUGGACAACUUCGUUUCAUUUUUUAUUGCAGGACAAGAAACGACAGCCAGUCAGCUGGCCUUUUGCAUCAUGGAGCUUGGACGUAAUCCUGACGUCCUGGAGAAAGUGAAGGCUGAGGUAGAUGAAGUCAUUGGGAUGAAGCAGGACCUGAGUUAUGAAGACCUGGGGAAGCUGACCUAUCUCACACAGGUGCUGAAAGAGACUCUCAGAUUGUACGCGACGGCUCCAAGAACGUCCCGUGAAGUUUUGGAAGACAAAGUCAUCAAUGGAAUUAAAGUCCCUGGAGGCCUCACGUAUAUUUUCAGCAGCUAUGUGGCUUCAAGGAUGGACAAAUUUUUCAAGGACCCACUGAAGUUUGAUCCCGACAGAUUUCACCCAGACGCUCCCAAGCCGUACUACUGCUACUACCCGUUCUCCCUCGGACCACGCUCAUGCCUGGGAAUGAACUUCGCUCAGAUGGAGGCCAAGGUAGUGAUGGCCAAACUCCUCCAAAGGUUCGACUUCGACCUGGUCCCGGGACAGACCUUCGACAUCUUGAACGCCGGCACGCUCAGGCCGAAGAGCGGAGUGGUGUGCACCGUCACACACAGGAAGUACAAGAAAUAACACUUCAUGCAGUUCUGUGCCUUUAAACAAAUUUACUUAACAUUCCGUAAAAUUGAGUUGUAGGGUUGCAAAGAGUAUCUCACUUUUCAAAAGCUGAUUUUCUGCCUCUGCUAGUUCCUAAAAUCUCAUAUAAGUCAAAUAACAUGUUUUCAUAAUAUGGGUUUCAAAUCAAGAUUUCAUUAAAAUAAAAUCCAUCAAUAAUAUCUAUCAUGUAUAAAUUGCACAUGUUUUCUUACUCUGAAUUUAAUGUUUUGACUCUUUAUUGAAAACCACUGAUGAACUUUGUGCCUGUAAUCCUGAUG